UAGUUACACAAUACAAGGAUAGCUCAGUUCGUCCUUGACAUUUACGGAUCUGGCGCAAUAUUUUGACUUUCUUUCUCUGUGGCUGCUAAUACAACGGAAUGGCCGAGGGUAACUAUUUCUCCCUGGACGACAUACUGGCAACACAGGAGAAAAUACCAUGUAAACUUGUAAUGCCAAUUUAUCGUUUAGGGUAUUUGGAUCCAAGUUCUGAAAGCGAUAACAUUCCAGUAGACACUAAAAUAGAACUUCCUUAUUGGAUGGCACGAGCAUUGUGUAGUCGUAAACGCCACAUUGUUAGCGUUGAAAUGCCCAAACAGUACAGGGAAGGUUACAGAGAAAUAUUGUCUGCUGACGCCAGUGUUGUGGACCUGCACAAGUUGGGACCAUUCUUCUACAGCUUUGGUUCACAACUCUUAAACUUCGAGCAUCCAGAGGGAACUGAUAUAGCAAAGUGCUUACUGAAGACUUUCCAGUCUAGAUUCCGUAAAAUAAUGGAUUCUUCCCAGAAUGCCUUGAACGAAGACAACUCUCAACUGACUGAGCGACUGGACGAGACAGAGAAGGUUUUGUUUUGUGCUGGACAGAAGGGACUCAACAAUUUCCUCCGAUGGGAGAAGAGGGAAACCGAGAAACUGGUGAUGUCAGCCAUGGUUCAAAAUCACAGGAAGAGGAAGCGAGCUAUCAUGGAGAGAUCCUAACAAACAGAAUCAUCUCUGAUGCACUAGAAAUCAUCACAAUUGUACAAUGAAUUACUAAUAGCAGCAAAAUAUAGACAGGAUAUUUUGUCUGGCUCCAAAUUCAGCAGAAAGUCUGUUGCCCAUGUCUUGUCAAAUUUAGUGUUUUCAAGGAGGCGUGAUUUAAAUAAUCCAUUUUUUAUGUAUGUUCGCACUAAAAAUUACCGAAAGUGAUGCCAAGAGUUGAUUUUUGUUUUGUAAACGCUUAGGUUGGCAGUCUGAUUAACAUUCCUACUGACAUCAGAUGAUCAGAGCAAUGUUUCAGAUAUAGUAUUUAAAUCUUAAUGAUGCCCCUUAGAUUCUAAAUGUAACACAAAGUAUAGGUUAAAAAACUGAUUGGAGAUCUGUCUUCAGGUAAAUAGGUAAAUGUUUUGUUGCCAGUGGGGAACUUUCAUAGGGUGUACGUUUUGUGGCUUUGAAGUCCAGGUUUGCCACCCACACAGUUAGGUUUACCAAAGUGUCAAAUGUCUCUUUUACUGUUUAAUACUGCUCUCUGCCAUGUCGGUAGGGUUGUUUGGUGAUAAACAUUACCAGUU